AGCGGGACCUCGGGGACAUAGAAGAGGUGGUGAUCAUGGAGACGCAUUUGGCCAAAGUGCCCCGGAAAAGAGCUCUGUGUUCCCAGGAUCCCCUCCUUUCCCAAGAGAAGAGCGCAGAGGGAGAAGGGGCCGCUCUGAGACUCACAGCCAGAUCGCAGGAAACCGUGACAUUCAAGGACGUGGCCAUGGACUUUACACCAGAGGAGUGGGGGAACCUGGACCCUGCACACAGGGCGGCGAUGCUGGGGAACUACCGGAGCCUGGUCUCACUUUGGCUUCCCAUUUCCAAAGCCGAUAACUAUCAUUUGGAUGAUGGAAAAGAACUACUGAAGCUUGAGAAAAAAUCUCCCAAAUGCAGUUACGCAGACGCGGAAACUAGACCUGAGAGCAAGGAUUCAACUUCAGUGCGAGGCGGCUCCAAAGAAGAGUCCCGCCAGGUUACAGCGGACAGACCGAAACAAAAUUCUGCUUCUGACUGCAGCUUGGAAACAGCUCUUGAACGUGGGCAUUGGUUAGAGCAUUGUCAAAGAAAUCAGGAGAGGCACGUAAGACAAAUGUUCACUCACAAGAACUCCCUCCCUGUGGAAAAAGACAGCGAGCGUGAUGUUUAUCGGAAAUUUUUCAGUCAGAAACCUCCCCUUAUGACUGAUGACAGAGUUCCCAGAGGAUCCCGUGACUUUCAUACGCUUGGGGAAAGACUGAAGCAGAAGUCAAACUUAAUGAAAAAGCAGAGGCCGUGCAAAGAGAAAAGGCCCCAUAAGUGUGAAGACUGCGGUGAACUCUUCACUUACCAUUCAGUCCUCAUCCGGCACCAGCGGGUGCACACUGGGGAGAAGCCCUACAGCUGCAGCGACUGUAGCAAGUCCUUUAGCCACAGAGCCAACUUGACUAAACACCAAAGAACGCACACUAGAAUUCUCUUCGAGUGUACUGAAUGCAAGAAAACCUUCAUAGAAAGCUCGUCUCUUGCCAUGCAUCAGAGAAUCCACGUCGGCGAGAGACCUUACCAGUGCGGCGAGUGCGGGAAAGGCUUUAACCGAGGUGCCCACCUCGCCCAGCAUCGGUUGAUUCACACUGGAGUGAAGCCCUACGAGUGUCACGAGUGUGACAAAGCGUUCAUUCAUUCGUCGGCGCUCGUUAAGCAUCAGAGAACGCACACCGGGGAGAAGCCCUACAAGUGUCAAGAGUGUGGCAAAGCCUUCAGCCACUGCUCGUCUCUGACCAAGCACCAGAGAGUUCACACUGGAGAGAAGCCGUACGAGUGCAGUGAGUGCGGGAAGACUUUCAGUCAGAGCACACACCUUGUUCAGCACCAGAGAAUUCACACUGGGGAGAAGCCCUAUGCAUGUAGCGAGUGUGGGAAGACAUUUAGCUGGAGCUCCAAUUUUGCUAAGCAUCAAAGGAUUCAUAUUGGGAAGAAACCCUAUAAAUGUGGUGAAUGUGGGAAAGCCUUCAUUCACUCGUCAGCUCUUAUUCAGCACCAGCGAACGCAUACUGAAGAGAAGCCUUUUAGAUGUAACGAGUGUGGGAAAAGCUUUAAGUGCAGUUCAUCCCUCAUCCGCCACCAACGACUCCACACUGAAGAGCAACUCUGA